UUAGAUGCAACACACAAGUCAACCGUUCGCAUUUGGUGUCCGUCGACGCAUCUGAGCGACACGAGAGGAAAUCUCGAGAGUGAGAGCAAAGGGAACCCUUUUCCUCGGUUUCCGGUGAACACGUGACUGGAAAACGCGGGAACACGUGUCUGAGUUCUACGACGGCAGAUCGUAGAAUAGACUCGUAAAAACAAAUAAAAAUGUUUGACAGAUUAUCCAUUCUUUUUAUCCUGGCGGUGGCGUCAACCUCAGCACUUCCGACCAGUGACAAAAAUGCAGGCGAGAACGAUCUCAUGGCGACAAUCUACUCGGAUUGUUUAAAAAAGGACUCCAUGAGUUGCAUCAAGUAUAAAGUUUUUUCAUUCGUGGACAAAAUGCUCGCGGAUAAGGAAGACAUCACUUUGAGUGAGGGCAUCACUGUUGUCAAGACUGGAACUACUGAAGAAGGUGCCCCAAGGUCCAUUGACAAUUCAGAUGUGGACAGUCUGUUGUUCGACCGACUGGGAAGGUUCUUGAGGACCCACUCUGUGAAAGUUGACCUUAAGGGUAGCGACAUCCUUGGAGCCAUCGAAUCUGCUGGAAGAAGUUUUGAGGAUAUUAGUGAUAGCGUCGAUGAAGGCAGAGGCAAAAAGAAAAAGGCCCAAAAAAUCUUGGGACCAAUCAUGAUGGCAGUGGCUCUUAAGGCAGCAGCUCUAUUGCCCCUGGCUUUAGGUGCAAUUGCUCUGAUUGCCGGAAAGGCUCUCUUAAUAGGCAAAAUCGCCUUAGUGAUAUCAUCCAUAAUUGGACUUAAAAAAUUGCUUGCAUCUAAGGAAAAGCAUGUAACAUAUGAAGUAGUUGCACAUCCACACCAUGGAGCCAGCAGUCACGUGAGCCACGACGAUGGUGGUCAUGGAGGAUUCUCGAGUGGUGGUGGUGGUGCAGAUUUCGGAGGCUAUCCAGGAGGUGGCGGUGGUGGUGGUGGUGGAUCCAGCAGUGGACACGGAUGGGCCAGAAGUUUACCCCAAGACGUUCACGAAAUCGCCUACAGUGCCCACAAGCCAUCGCAAAAACCUUGAAUCUUGAAAUAGAAAGUUUUCUAGAUUCAUCUUCCUUCUUCCAUCCUUCUUUCUUUCUUUCCCUUCUCGAACCUCUUUCUCAGUUUCUCUCGUGACCUUCUUCCUUCUCGACUUUCUACGAUCUUCCGCGGGACUUUCUACUUCUCGAUCUUUCUCAGCUCUGGAUUUUUCGUACUUCCUGAUCUUUCCUACUUUCCUGCUUUUCAAUAUUUCAUGUUUCUCGAUCUUUUCUAUUUUCCUAUUUCCCAUUUUUCUUAUCUUAUUUUUAACUCUUCAUGUAUCGUACCUCUCGAAACUUUGCUGUCCCUUUCUCCAACUUUUCUUCUUUCAUCGCGUGGGUCAGUUGCCCUCGCCCUACUUCUUACUCGAAACCUACCUCUGUCUGUAUGUCUGCUAUUCCGUAAAUAGUCGUACAUUCUACAGCGAAUCGACAAGGAAGCCAGUACCCGCGAAAUACUCCUUAUACCAUUAGCUACUUCGUUAAUCAUUACUUUACUUAAGACGUAUUGAUAAUUAUUUAUUAUUUGUUGUAUGCUCGCAUUCCAUGUGUUGAUGGUUGUAUUGACCAAUGUUGUUUUUAAAAAUAAAGAAUGACAAACGUCGUGUACGUCUUGUCCCAAGGAAAUAUACCUAACUUGUAAUAUACAUUUUCCAGGUAUGUUUUGUGGUACUUGUGGACACUUUGUAUUAGUAACCAACAUUUCGUUGAGUUAUGAAAUUUUAUAUUCUAUUGUACAUUGUCUAAAAUUGUGUUGUUUCGGAAAAUAAAGAAUGUAAUUGUUGCAUCAGUUUUAAUUA